GUCCAAUUGGCUUCCUCCUUUCCUGACAGCUGGCCAAUUACAGCGCCCGCAUCGGGCUGAAAACUAUUCAACAUGGAGUCAACAGUUGAAAAGCUCGAGGCCAUGUUUCUGAAGUCCGAGGCAGACCUGGAGUACAUCGAGAGGCGGCUGAAGCUGGACUUCAUCAAAAACACAACGGAAAAUGGAGGUCCAGCUGAGGAGAACCCGGCGCUGAUGCUGGAGAACCUGCGGGCCAUCAAGGCCAAGCACGCCGCGCUGUGCACGCAGGUGAAGGAGAUUGCCGCGGAACAGAAAGAAUCCAUGGACUCCAUCAGGAACAACCUGGGCAGUGCCAUGGAGCUGGUGCAGCGCUUCCAGCAGACUACGGAUGCCGAGGUUCCACCACUGACUGAGUCGGAGAGGGAGUCUGCAGAGCUCCUCGGUACAGCGGUCAGUGAGACCAUAACGGAGAUUCCUUCUACUGUCGCAGCUUCUGGACCCCAGAAGCCAACCAGCUGUGAGUACGGGGAGCUGAGUGCCGCCAUGCUGGAGAAGGUUCCUCUCAGCAUACGCUCCAACGUCAAGCUGGCCGACCUCACUGAGUUCCUACACCAGCUGCAGCAGCACCUUGGCAAGGACGGCGGCUCCAUCAGUGUGCAGAAGAUGAAGCAGCUGAAGAUGAAGGUGAGCGAUGCCAAGCUGAAGGUGCUGCAGCACCUGUCGUUGGUGGAGUUGGACAGGAAGGGCAACGUUUGUCUCAUCUGAGAUCACUGGAGGGUGGAUGUCGCCGCCGGGCGGGACUCCGCCUGUCAGGUUGACCUGUCCCGCUGGGAGGCCGCAGGGCCAGCUCGCUGGUGGAAUCGUUUAUUGAGUGACGUUGUGUGACGCGCACAGCUCUCUGGCUGAAGUCAUAGAAUUCCAGUUUUACGUGCGUGCAUGGACGUGGUGGUGUCAGUGCUCAAUAAAUGUCUGCAUAUGCCAGAUAUUGAUAUUCUUGUACUGUACUGCAGCCUGACUAUAUCAAUUAGUCAACGUUUCUGUAACUUGGACGGAACCCAAAGGAGCUUUUUUUUAAUUUUAAUUUUUUAUUGGACCUACCGCUACAAUAGGCACUCACAUUUUGAGGGGGACUGUUCUGUGUUCAGGUGCGUGGACUGAAAAACAAUGAGGAGAAACGUGAUCAUUUUGUGAGGUGAAAGAGGGACGGAAGCCUUUGGGCAGACGGAGGUUCUUUAAGAAAAUGCUCUUAAAACCAGUAUGUAUUUGUAUAUGAUUUUUAUUAACAUGAAAUGCCAAACAUGUUGAAUAAAUUGGACACAUUUUUUCGGA